GUAUGACAACAAACAUGGCGCUGUUCCUUUAAACACCGGUCCUGCGCAGAGAUCAAACCGCAGUGAACCCUGUCAAUUGGAAACAUCAUUUCCCUCUAUGUUAUGGAUGCAUGCAUUGUCAGCUGUUAGAGUUAGACAGCGCUGUCUGUCUUUAAAUAACGUUACACGUUUUUGUUGUGUCUUAACCCACUCGGUCGUUAAUGAAGUGGUAGCAAUAUGAGCAUGUUUGCUUCUUUCUGACACAAAUGGAGAACUCAAAGACAGGUCCGUCAUCGGAGCACCUGGGAGUGCCAGAUAUGGCGCGGCCCUCAGCACCCCCUGGUCAGCUGUCAGAGUCAGCCAGGCCCUCCAAACCCCGAGAGCAGCCGCCCAAGUCACCAAGGAGACGGCGUAAAGGGACGAGGUCACUGCGACGGGGGGGUGAUCAUGAACAGCUGCACUGGGAGGUUGAGCGGCGGAGGUUGCCUGGCCAACACGAGCAUUUGGAGCCCUCUGGCUCAACAAGUGACACAGCGGAAAGCUCUCCUAAGAGGAGAGCCCACUUUCUACAUGGACCGUAUCCAGCCACUCACUUCGGACCCAAAGCCUGUAUUCUUCCCAACCCAACUUCAGUCAUGCACAUCCAGGACCCAGCCAGCCAGCGGCUCACCUGGAAUAAACCACCUGUCAACGUGCUGGUCAUCAGGAAAAUCCGAGAUGAGAGCCUCAUCGAGCCUUUCAAAGAGAUCUGCAGGUUUCUAGUGGAGGAGAAGCAGAUGAUGGUGUACGUGGAACGCCGGGUUGCUGAUGAUGCUACGCUGUCAAAGGACGAGGCAUUUGGCUCCAUCCGCAAUCAGCUCUGCACUUUCAGAGAGGGUUAUGAUGAUAUCUCUGACUGCAUAGACCUGAUCAUCUGUCUGGGCGGAGAUGGGACUCUUCUCUACGCCUCCUCUCUCUUCCAAGGCAGCGUCCCUCCGGUUAUGGCGUUUCACCUCGGCUCUCUGGGUUUCUUGACGCCUUUCAAAUUUGAGUCAUACAAGACCGAAGUGGCCAAAGUGUUUGAAGGCAAUGCAGCCAUCACUCUGCGCAGUCGUCUUAAGGUGAAGGUGGUGAAGGACAUGCUUCAGAGAACAGGCCGGGAGUCGUACAGCAGAGAGCCACAGCAGCUGCAGCAGGAACACAACGGACUCCUUCCUCACGGACACACCAACAGCGAGGCUGGCAAGGUCACCCUGCAGCUACAGGUGUUGAAUGAGGUGGUGGUGGACCGAGGCCCAUCCUCCUACCUGUCCAAUGUGGACUUGUACCUUGAUGGACGGCUCAUCACCUCAGUGCAGGGAGACGGUGUGAUUGUGUCCACACCUACAGGCAGCACAGCAUAUGCAGCCGCAGCAGGAGCCUCCAUGAUCCAUCCCAAUGUACCCGCCAUCAUGGUCACGCCCAUCUGCCCACACUCGCUCUCCUUCAGGCCCAUCGUGGUCCCUGCUGGGGUGGAGCUCAUGAUCACCUUGUCCCCUGAUGCCAGGAACACUGCCUGGGUCUCCUUUGAUGGCAGGAAAAGACAGGAGAUCCAGCAUGGGGACUGCAUCAAGAUUACGACAUCUUGCUACCCGGUUCCCUCUAUCUGUUGCCAUGACCUGGUGUAUGACUGGUUUGAAAGCCUGGCUCAGUGUCUGCACUGGAACGUACGCAAGAGGCAAGAGCGACUGGCGGACAUCUCGGACUCGUCAGACACCGAAAACUGAAUCAGCGGUCGCUUUUGGUGGUGUUUCUUUUUCAAAUUACUGUUAAAUUAGUCCUUUGAACAGCAUGUUUAAUGAGCAUAUUGUGUAUAAAGUAUUGUAUGCAUUUGAAAAAGUAUCUCAUUACAUUCCAGUACAAACAGUCAUUUAGGAAUAUGGGUAAGAAACACUAAUAGAUAAGAAAAAGGACUGUAAAUGUAAUAUUUGUACAUACAGGAUUGAAGGAUAAAUGUAUAUAAUGUCAUAUGUAUGUGAUAUUUAUAUAAAGUGGAGCUUAAAAAGACUUACAACUAAGUUUCUAUUACGGAGUCAGCCAAAGACUACUGCUUGUAAUUGUUCUGUACAAAACACAUACUGCAUUGUGCAAUCCAAACAGUAACUCUUAUGUACAAGUUAAAUUCUACAAGUCAGAUUGCACGUUGUCGAACAAAACAAAAUGGAAUGAGUUGGAGAAACUUACAGUCACGUUGCUUUCAUAUGCUGUCAAUGUGAAAAAGUAGAAAAAUAAAGAUACAGACACUAA